AUGUUACCAUCAUUUGCAAAGUGUGUUGGUGGAAUAGGACCCAACACACAGAGAAUAAAACUCAUAAAAGAAAAUCGAGAACGUCUUAAACCUGUAUUAGAAACAAUUAUAUUUUUAGGAAGGCAAAAUAUUGCGUUUAGAGGACACAGAGACGAUGGCAAUCUUAUGACAGAGUCCAUUGUGAAUGAAGGAAAUUUUAGAGAGAUGUUAAGAUUCAGAGUAAAAGCAGGUGAUACUAGGUUAGAAAAUCACUUAAAAACGUCAAGUUCUAAAGCUACAUAUAUUAGCUAUACUAUUCAAAAUGAAUUAAUUGAAGUUUGUAAAAAAGAAAUAACAUUUCAUAUCUUAAAAGAAAUAGAACAGGCUAAAUUUUAUAGUAUAAUGUUUGACGAGACAACAAAUGUUUCUAAAAUGUCUCAAAGGAGUUUAAUUAUUCGUUACAUUUAUAAUGAAAAAGUAUAUGAAAGAUUCAUUGCAUUUAUUGAUUGCCAUCAGUAUUUAUACAAGGGACAAACUGUUGAAGAAAUUGAAGAAGAAGUUACUGUUGAAAUUGAACCAAAAAUAACUGGUGAUAUGCUUGGCUCAACUGUAAUUAAUAUAAUGUCUGAAUUUGGAUUAAAUAUUAAUAAUUGUAUAGGAAUAGCUACUGAUGGGUGUACAGUUAUGGUAUCAACAACCAAAGGUGCAGUAAAAAAAGUACAAGAAACUGCAAAAAAUGCACUGUACAGUCCAUGCAAUAACCAUGCAUUAAACUUGUCAUUGUCUAAGUGUUCAACAGUACAAAGUGUUCGUAACUGUGUUGUCACACACCAUGUAAGUAAAAUUCUGCAAUUAAAAGAUCAAGAUAUUUCAUCUGCUUUUGAAAUUGUUAAAGAUAUUAUAUCGCUUUUAAAAGAAAAACGCUCUAACGCUACAGAUGUCUUUAAUAAUAUAUAUAAAGAAAGUGCAUGUAUAAUGAACCUUCUAGAAAUUGAAAUCAAAGUUCCUAGAAUUGUUGGAAAACAAAAAAACCGACCUAAUCCAACUAAUUUAAGUCACUUUGAAGACUAUUACAGACUUACAGUAUUCAUUCCACUCCUUGACAAUGUAAUUGAUGACUUACAACAUAGAUUUCUAAAUUCAAACAAUUUAAUACUACAAUCGCUAAUGAAAUUAGUAUCAAAAAAUUUGUCAGAUUUUAAUAAUAUUAAUCAAUUGGUUAACCAGAUAAGUGAAGCUAUUAAACACUUUUCAUGUUUCACAAAUGUUUGUGAUUCAACCAUAAAUUCAGAGCUGGAACUAUGGUUUAUAAAAUGGAAACGUCUAAUAUCUGAAGGCAAUGGAGUAUCAAUGAUGGUAGCUUUAAAUGAAUGCUCUAGUGAUAUUUACCCAACUGUUAGACAGUUGCUCAUAACUAUUUACACUUUGCCUGUAAGUGUUGCCUCUGCAGAGAGGAGCUUCUCUACGCUUCGCAGAUUAAAAACCUGGUUGAGGUCUCGAAUGGGGGAAGAACGCUUAACUGGCUUAGCGCUUUUACACAUUCAUAGGGACAUACAACUAAAUGUGGAAGACAUCAUCGACAGGUUUGCUAAAGAGAAGAAAAGAUGUAUUGAUAUGAUUUUGUAA